AUGGGCUGGUUCCUCGUCGCCCCAGCCUACUACCUCGACCCCGCAACCCCCAACUGGACAGUCCCAGCUCUAAUCCUCGGCUCCGCCCUCCCCUUCCUCCUAAUCUCCACCGCCUACAGCCCCACCACCCUGCAAAUAACCCUGCACCUCCCCAACUCCGCCCGGCGCUCCCGCUCCCACCUCCUCAGCUUCGCCGCUUCCGCUCUACCACCCAACACCCGCCUGACCAUGAAAUUCAUCCGCUUCGCCCCCUGGCCCAAAACCUGGACAUACUACUACUCCGACCUCCGCCGGCUGAAAUUCGUGAAGUGGCCCCUGAGUAAUCUGGAGCAUGUGCCGUAUGGACGGGAGGAGGCGUGGGGCAAAGGGUGGAGGGGUUGGGCGGCGAGGACGUGGUUUGGACGGUAUUGGGUUAAUAUGGGGAGUGCGACGAGAGAUCGAAGUCAGGUUCCCGGGGUGUGGGAUGCGGUUUGGAAGGGGUUGCCGUAUGCUCAUGCUGAGGCGGAUAUGGGUAGAGGUGGUGAUGGGGGGGACGUGGGUGGGGAGAGGAAGGCGGGGGGGUUGAGGAAUCGUGACGCGGGUGGGACGCGGCAGCAAGUGGUACCUGGGAGAUCACUGAAGGGUGCGAGGCCGAUCAGAUCAGCUCAGAAGCGGCCUUGA